CGGCGCCCGCCGCGCACGCUUCCCAAGAGAGCCGCGACGCGCGACACGGUAAUCAAGGUCGCUAGUCCACCGCGACUCAAGCUCAACUCGGACCGCCCGCACGUUUCCAAUAGAUGAGAUCUACGGGGCCACGACAAGAUGGCAUCUUUCAAAGACUGGCUCACAGUAACCUGGGCCCAGAGCGGGAUGCAACUUCAACCAGACGCAGAAGGAGACGACUCGCUCAGGGGACGGUACGGUCGCGCCGGCAGCCUAGCGGCGACCCCUGGUGAGAAGCUGAUGGAACUGCUCCGUCCGAGUGCGGGCACCCCACGCCGGCACUCCACGGCGGCCUGCGCGUCUGCCCAGCCACGGCCCUCGGGCUUCGUCUACUGCCCGUCGGAUGCGCUGCCCUACUGCCCACCCUCGCGGCUCGUGCCUCCUAGACCUGUUAUUCCCUUGUUACAGUUACCACCGCCGAUCCAGCCUGUGCCGCCGCCGCAGCCGCCACCGGUGCCGCAGCGGACCGCGCCCGUGGUGACGCCGCUGCCGGUGCCGCCCGCGCCGCCCCGUAGGUCCUCACCACAACCACCGAAGCGUGUCCCACCACCUACACCACCACGGCCGAUAUCAAAUGAAACAACCGGGAUCCGAAGGAACCCGCCUCCCCGAAUUGACUGCAGCCGCAACCCGCCGCCACCACAACAGCAACCGCCGCUGCCCAGAAGGCCGCCGCAAAAGAUGCCAGACAACCCACUACCGCCGCCACAGCAAAACCAACAAAUAAAGCGGUCCCCGAGCUCCGGGUCAAACAUAAGCGUGCGCCAAGAUUCAAACGUGUCGUCGGACUCUUUCAGUCAGACUUCCUCCCCAUCGUAUACGACGAAAACUAUGGAAGCACCAUUGCUUCCUCAGCAGCAUUUGAAUAAAAGCCUAAACGCGAAGAUAGCGCGUGGCCUCUUGUUGAAGGAACAACAGGAGAAGGAGAAUGCUAAUUCGUCCAUCACCAAGAGCAUGUCGACACCGGCAUCGCUACAGACUAUUGUGAGAUUUCAAAAUGGCAGCAACAUGUCUCUGCAUCAUCGGAUGCUUCGCGACAUGAGAGGGCCGAGCACAGAGAGUUCAGCCCACAGAUUCAGAAUGAUGCAACUGGCCCUCAACGCAGUAGCCUUACUGGCUAUCACCGGGGCCCUCUUCGCGUACUUUCGAGCGAACCCGGCUGUACAGUACGUAUCACAAGUGGUGAACCGUUCCACCGUGGUGACCUGGCCGGCGCCGACCGAGCCGCCCGGCGCGCGCAAUCCGGCGCCCGGCGUAUGUCUGCCUGUGAUCGUCAGCUUCUGCCAUCAGCAUCGGAUAUCGUAUAACUUCACGGUGUUCCCGAACUAUAUUGGACACUUCGGGCAGCGGGAUGCUCAGCAGGAUUUAGAGAUCUACGAUGCAGUGGUGGACGUGCGCUGCUACGAGUUGACAGCGCUGUUCCUGUGUUCCCUGUUCGUCCCCAAAUGUGGGCCCUUGGGCCACAUGGUGCGGCCCUGCAGGAGCCUGUGUCAAGAAACAAUGCGCCGCUGCGGUUUCUUCCUGGAAGUGUUCGGUUUGUCAAUGCCGGACUACCUCCAGUGCGAUAUCUUUCCGGAGUCGACUGACACCGAUGUGUGUCUGGGGAACAAGGAGGUGAAGGACGCUAAGGUUCGAGCUGCUAAACCAGUCUGCCAAUCCGGCUUCCAAUGCGAUACGAAUCGCUGUAUCCCGCACGACUGGCGUUGCGACGGGCACGUCGACUGCGCAGACAGGUCCGACGAGCUGAACUGCCGCGUGUGCAAGCGCUCUGGCGACGUACACUGCGGCAACCAGCGGUGCAUCUCACAGGCGCAUCUGUGUGAUGGCAAAGUGGACUGUCCGUGGGGGCAGGAUGAGCGGAAUUGCUUACGGCUAAGCGAGUCAAACGGAGAUGUAGGGGCCGGCGAAGUACAAGUAUACCGAGCGGCGAACCAGUCCUGGUUCCCUGCGUGCCUCGCCGCCGCGCCCUUGGACAGAGACACCGCUGCCGAGAUUUGUUCCAUGCUUGGAUACACAAUCGUCAACAAGAGCAGAGUAAUCGGCGGAGCAGCCAGAGCUGGUCGCACGCACCCUCUCACACCGAACGCCCUGCAGGCGGGGCAGUCGCUCAUCCACGGCGUAGCGCAGUCCUACAGAGCCUUCCAGAGGAGCGAGGGAGGCUUGCUGCGUGAGCUCAAAGAUUGUAGGCACGAUUCUAAGAAGAUACACCUCAUUUGUAAUAACUAUGAAUGCGGCAAGCGUAGAACCAUAGCAUCAGCCACAAAACGUAUAGUGGGGGGUGUGGAAGCGUCGCCCGGGGACUGGCCGUUCCUCGCGGCGAUCCUCGGCGGGCCGGAGGAGGUGUUCUACUGCGCGGGAGUGCUCGUGGCCGACCAGUGGGUGCUCACAGCUUCGCAUUGUGUUGGCAAUCACUCAGAUGUAAAUGGCUGGACCAUACAACUGGGGAUCACGCGUCGGCGAUCGCACGCGUACUACGGCCAGAAGGUGAAAGUUAGGAGAGUGGUCCCCCAUCCGCUGUACAACGUGGGAGUCGCUCAUGAUAACGAUAUCGCACUGUUUCAGUUGGCAGUGCGAGUCCGCUACCACGAACACCUAUCGCCCGUGUGUUUACCCCCUGCGCGGCGAGCGUUACAACCUGGCACUUUAUGUACCGUCAUCGGUUGGGGCAAGCGGACUGAUAAGGACAUGUCAGAAUACGAACCAGCAGUAAACGAGGUAGAGGUCCCAGUUCUGAAUCGGGACCUUUGCAACCAGUGGCUGGAGCACCGCGACCUCAACGUCACAGAGGGGAUGAUCUGCGCUGGCUAUCCGGAAGGCGGCAAGGACGCUUGUCAGGGGGAUUCCGGCGGCCCUCUCCUCUGCAAGGACCCGGACGAUCAAUCGCGCUGGUAUGUUGGCGGCAUCGUGUCGUGGGGUAUAAAGUGCGCCCACCCGCGCCUGCCCGGCGUGUACGCGUACGUGCCCAAGUACAUCCCGUGGAUACAGAAACAGAUCAACUUGUACAACGACGAAAAUGCCCCAUCAGAACCUGAUAUAUGAGGCAACCACGGAUAGACGAAUAUACGCAACUCUGAGAUUUUAAUUAUUUUAUACUAAGAUAUAUUUAUACACGUAAACUUUUAAUUACAUAGAAUUUUAUGAGAA